AUGGGCGUGCUUCCGGAAUGGUGUCCGACUUACAGUUCUCGCAAGAAAGAUCCAGUUACGGGUGAAGAGGUGUUUUGUAUAUGUAAAAAGCCGGAUUCUGGGGAGCUAAUGGUGGGGUGCGAUGGAUGCGACGAUUGGUUUCAUUUCUCGUGUUUGAAAAUCCCACAAAAGUUCAACGAACUUGUGUUCUCAUUCUUCUGUCCAUAUUGCCAAUGCGGAAUCACGGGUCCUGGUGCGUCCUCUGGGAACUUGCCCAAAACACUGUGGAGGCGAAAAUGCCGACUGCCCGAAUGCUACAAGCCGUGCGCGGAAAACAGCAAGUACUGUAGUGAGGACCAUGCGGUGAGCUACAUGUGCAACCUCAUUGGUCGCGUGGAGAGCAAGGGCUUCGAUGCGCAAGACGUGUUGCGGCAAAUGCUCCAAAAUUCGGACCUGGAGAAGUUCCAGAAAAUGGGGCACGAGGGCGUACCGACACCACCGGAGGGGCUUGCACCUGGAUUGUUCGAGGGUGAUGCCCGGCUACGUGAUCUAGAAUCUCAGGCAGACAAGAUACGCACGCUAACUAGGCCGGAGAUUGAGCAGCAGCUCAAGAAACUUGAGGCCUACGUGGCCUGGGUAAAACGUGUCAAUCAUCUGCUCUUCACCUCUGCGUCCGAAGACCAGGAUGGCGGUUCUAGCAGUAAGAACUCGCGGGCUCUCAAGCGCAAGAAGAAAAGUACGAAGCCAAAAUCAAUCUGCGGCUAUCACCCGGAACUUCGUAUUGUCUGUUCUGCGGAGGAGUUCGCGCCGCAGUACAACGAAAGCGAAAUAGAGUUGUAUUCCGUCUGUUGCAAGCUAAGAUGUCCUAGGCAUCUGGACUGGGCAGGUAUCCAAGAGACUUCGCUUCGAUUCCAACUCGAAACUUUGGAAUCCUCGCUAGAACGCUUGGCGCUCUUACAAAAAAUUAGGGAAGACCAACUCAAAAUGCAGGUCUACAAGGAGCUAUCAAAGUCUAAGCAGGCAUAA